UUAUAAGGCAAAAUACAAUGGGGUAUUUUUAACGAAUGUGCAUUAUUUAAAUACUCGUUAUCAGUUGUUUGAAUAAAGCCGCGAUCAACAAUAACGAGCAUAUUUCGAGAUAUUACCAAUUUCGGUAAGAAAUCGAUGUAUUUCGAGGGCGGGGCGCCAUAUCAUUCGAACGAACGUCAACCAUGUUGUCACGACUUCACCGCGUUUACCUUUUAUGGACAUUUAAGCGGAUCCAGCUUCAACAUUGGCCGAGAUCUCCAAAUCGCCAACCGACUGUCCGAUUCGAUUUCGCGUUUCCAGAGCUACCGAAAAUCGCACGGAAACCGAUCGCUGGCCGUUUUCGCCGAUUUUCCGCCAUCGAAUCGCCCAACGUUUCGAAAUACUCGGAAAAAUUCGAAAACGUACGCGAAUUCAAAACUCGCGCACUCCACGCGCCGCGAAAAGUAGUACCGGCUGCGCGAUCGGGUAUAUUAGCAAGUCAAGCCAAUUCAGUGACAGUAAUUAACGAAACAUCACAUUUGCGAAUUAAUCGUGUGAUUUUCGUCGAUUUUUCGGUUCGCAAUUCGGUAUUUUUUUCGAUAAAAUUCCGAUUCGAGGCGUAGGAAUUUUUUUCCGAUCGGCGCACGCGCACACCGCCCAGUCAACCGGCAGGACAACGUCCCCAAGAGAGAAGAGAGAGCGGAGCAGAUAGAACAGUCACAGUCGUUUACAUCAUAUUCAGUGUAACUGAGUGUCUGUUAUUAAAAUUGUACAGUUUUCAUAUUAGGGAGUAUAUCAAAUAUGGCAUCGGGAGUAACAGUAGCGGACGCGUGCAAAAAGAUCCACGAAGAAAUCAAAAGGGACAAGAAGCACCGGUACGCCAUUUUCUCGAUCAAAGAUGGCAAGCAGAUCGACGUGGAAUUGGUGGGCGCCAGGAACGAGGAGUACGACGAUUUCCUGACCAAUUUGCAGGCGGGCGGCGCCGGCGAGUGUCGCUACGGGCUGUUCGAUUUCGAGUACUUGCACCAGUGCCAGGGUACAUCGGAGUCCUCUAAGAAACAAAAGUUGUUCCUCAUCUCGUGGUGCCCGGACACGGCGUCCGUGAAAAAGAAGAUGGUAUACGCUAGUUCAUUUGAUUAUCUUAAAAAAGCCUUGGUAGGAGUACAAAAGACCAUCCAAGCGACGGACCUGUCAGAAGCCAGUAUAGAAGCUGUGGAAGAAAAACUGCGAUCCACCGAUCGUCAGUAGCGCCUUUUUAUUUUUUUCCUUUUUUUGUAUCUCUGACUGUCUUUACUCAACGCACCGACCUACCCAGGUGUAUUAUUUAUAUAAGUAUUUGAUUAUUUAAUAAAGCUUCAUUUUUAAAUUAAUACUUUGAGCUUUUAUUUUUCUAUUCGAAAUGGCAAAAUUAAUUUUUUUGUGAACGUGGUUAUGUUUUGUUUAAUUUUUUUGAGAGUUUAACGUCAAUUUCAUUUGGAAUGUAUUAUUUUUUUGUUGAAAAAGCGUUCAAUUUUGACAAUAUCGGUAUUAUAAUUUGAAAUAGGAAUUUGAUGUGUACCUUUUUUUUUGUAAUAAAAUUAUUGUAGUGACUAA